AUGAAAGGCACCUUCGGCCUCGCGUUAAGCACACAGCUUUUACUGACCCAAGCCGCACCACUCGCAGCCAACUACUUCGGCAGACCUGCGCAAAAUGCAACAUUUGACUAUGUUGUCAUUGGUGGAGGUACAGGUGGUCUAGCAGUCGCAUGGCGUCUUGCCGAAGCGAAUCAUUCUGUAGCUGUCGUCGAAGCCGGCGGGUUUUACGAACAGGAGAACGGAAAUGUCUCUGUCGUGCCGGCUUACAAUCAAGACUACAACGAGAUCACACCAGAGUCGCAGUGGGACGCGCCGCUGGUUGACUGGGGCUUCUUGACGACACCUCAAGCAGGUGCCCAAGGACAAAGGUUCCACUACGGCAGAGGAAAGAUGCUCGGUGGCUGUUCUGCUGAAAAUGCUAUGAACUACAAUCGACCUACAAUCGGCGCUCUCCAAGCAUGGGCCGAUAGUGUCAACGACUCAAGCUAUACUUGGGACAGCUUCUUGCCAUACUUCCAGACGACAAUCGAGUACACGAAUCCUGACAGAAGAUUACGCGCAUCAAACGCCUCUGUGCCCAUAAUAACCAAUGAGACGGGCACAGGUCCCUUGCAGGUUUCUUUCCCGCAUUGGGCAAGUCCACUUGCAUCUUGGGCGAAGGCAGGCCUUGCAGAGAUUGGCGUUGGGGACUUGCGCAGCCUGAUCAAUGGCCGCCUGAUGGGAGCUCAAUACAGCCCUCUGACGCUCAAUCCGAAGGAUCAGUCUCGAAGCUCUUCACAAGCAUCCUUCUUGAACGCAGCGUUGCAGAGCAAUGCAUCGCGCCUAGAGGUCUACACCCAUACAUUGGCCAAACAGAUUCUGUUCGACCAUAAUAAGACCGCUACUGGUGUGCGAGUACAGAGUGGUCCAUCUCCUGAGUCUUACAUACUCAGCGCCAGCAAAGAGGUCAUCCUCUCUGCGGGAGCUUUCCAGUCACCUCAGCUUCUGAUGGUAUCGGGCAUUGGUCCAGCUGAUGAGUUGCGCAAGUUCAACAUUUCGAUGGUCGCAGACCGACAAGGCGUAGGACAGAACAUGUGGGAUCAUGUUGUGCUCAGCGUAGGACAACAAGUCGACGUCGAAACUUAUGGAAGGCUCGCAAACCCUGUUGCUGUCGCAAAAGCGCAACAAGAUUACCUCAGCCCAAACCAUACUGGUAUCCUGACCAACGAUCAAUCUGACUUCCUGGGCUGGGAGAGAUUGCCAAGUUCGUCACGAUCGACCUUCACGGAGUCAGUUCUCAAGGACCUCUCAUUGUUCCCAUCAGACUGGCCGGAAGUAGAGUAUGAGAUCUCCUCUGCUCCUUUCGGUACNUCCAUCCUUUCUACUCCCGAUAACCCGAUCGAUGUAGGAUACAUCCAGCCAGUGCUGCUCACACCUCUGUCGCGCGGCAACAUCACCUUGGCAAGUGCAGACAUGUCUGACGCUCCACUCAUCAACCCGAACUGGCUCACCCACCCAACUGACCAACAAGUCGCCAUCGCAGCCUUCAAACGCGCAAGACAGUUCUUCAAUACAACAGCCCUCGAGCCCAUCCUCAUCGGCCAGGAACUGCUUCCUGGUCCCCAAGACUUACCUUUCAACUCUACUGAUACAGAGAUCCUCACUUACCUGCAAGCAAACAUUGGCUUUAAUUGGCAUGCUAGUUGCACCUGUAAGAUGGGUUUGACAAAUGACUCUAUGGCUGUUGUGGAUUCAAAGGCAAAGGUUAUCGGUGUUGAGAGGUUGAGGAUUGUGGAUGCGAGUGCUUUCCCUUUCUUGCCGCCGGGACAUCCUCAGGCUACUAUUUAUGCGUUGGCGGAGAAGAUUGCUGUUGAUAUCUUGGCCGGUAGAUGA